AUCAAGUCGAACCUAAAAGAAUUAGAAUCGUUGCCGGAAAGGAUUUGGAACCGCUGGAAGGACCGAACCAAAAAGAUUUAGAAUCGCUGAUAUUGCGCCGGAAAGAAUUUGGAGCCGCUGAAAAGACCGAACGAAAAGAUUUAGAAUGCUGCCGGAAAGGAUUUGGAGCCGCUGGAAGGACCGAACCCGAAAAGAUUUAG